AUGUUUAAUGGCUGGCAUCACCAUAGUAACCAUGCCUCCCACUAUAAUGGAAGGAUAUGGAUCAUAUGGAGGCCGGACUGGUUUGAGAUUGAUAUAAUACAGGAAAUGGCACAAGCUGUCACAUGUCGGGUAAAAUUCACUCCCAUACAACUUGAGUUCGUGGCAACUUUUGUAUACGCCUAUAAUGUAAAGGAAGAAAGGAAGAUGUUGUGGGAUCAUAUAAGUCAGCUAAGCGUAAAUCGAAGGGAGCCGUGGAUAAUAUUGGGAGAUUUUAAUGUUGUGUUGCAUCGAGAUGAUAGAAUGGGAGGAAAUUCUGUUACUCUAGCUGAGGUAACUGAUUUCCAAAACUGUAUCGAUAAGUGUGGGUUGGAGGAAAUGGCCAAUUCAGGGAACAAAUACACCUGGAGCGACAAACAGGAUGCUCGAAUCUUUUCAAAAAUUGAUAGAGUGUUAGUAAAUGGUGAAUGGGUGGAUCAGAUGCCUACUAUAACUGCACAUGUACUACCAGAGGGGAUCAGCGACCACUGCCCUAUAGUGGUUCAGAGUUCACAACCAUCAUCUAUAAAGGUGAAAACUUUCAAAUAUUGCAACGUAUGGAGCAGCCACCCAGAUUUCGGGGAUAUCAUACAAUCGAGUUGGAGCCAGCCUAUCGGGGGUUGUAAGAUGUUUCAGGUAGUGUGCAAACUGGCACUAAAACGUAAGCUAAGAGUGCUGCAUAAAGCGAUUUUUUGCAAUUUGAUGCAACAGGCAAAUCAGGAUAGAGAGGCAAUGAGGAGGGUCCAACGCCAAUUGCAGCAGACCCCUUUGAAUGAUGCUAUACAAAGGGAGGAAAAGGAAAUAAAUGCUAAGUUUAGAAGAUCAGUUUUCUUGGCUGAAUCACUAUUACUACAGAGGAGCAAAGCAACUUGGAUAAGGCAAGGAGACGAUAAUACCAAAUACUUCUUCUCUGUGAUAAAAAAGAGGAAGCUGAUUCAAACCAUCACUCAGAUUCAGGAUGAACAAGGGCUGCGACAGCAUGAACAAGCACAAGUAGCAGAGGUGUUUGUGAGAUAUUAUCAACAACUCUUGGGUGACUCUGGGGGCCCAAGGAAACCAGCCGAUAAUAGAAUAUUUGCGCAUGGACCUACUGUAUCAGCAGAACAACAAUGGGGGCUACUUCAGCCAUUUAACAUGCAUGAGAUUAAAAAAGCGAUGUUCAGUAUCAAGGCCAACAAAAUCCCAGGCCCGGAUGGAUAUGGAGGGGGAUUUUAUAAAGCAGCGUGGAAUAUAGUGGGAAAUGAGGUAUGUGAAGCUGUCUUGGAGUUCUUCACAAGUGGAAAAAUCCUGAAACAAAUAAAUGCCACUAUGAUUACCAUCAUCCCUAAAGUUGAUAAACCAGUCCAGGCUAGUCAGUUCCGGCCAAUCGCGUGCUGUAAUGUCUUGUAUAAAUGCAUUUCCAAACUGUUAUGUAGCAGGUUAAAAGAGGUCUUACCAACAAUAGUGAAUCCUACACAAGCUGCGUUUGUGCAAGGCAGAUCACUAGUCCAAAAUGUUCUUGUGUGCCACGACUUACUAAGGCAUUAUAACAGACAAACUACUAGUCCAAGGUGUUUAAUGAAAAUUGAUCUGCGGAAGGCGUACGACAUGGUCAAAUAG